AUGCGCUGUGUCCCUCGGACACAGUGGAUCACCGAUCACGGAAAGAGCCGAAGAUGUCGGCUCGGUCAUGUGAUCAGCUGUGUCCAAUCACAGCUGAUCACAUGGGACAUGUACACUGAUCAUCAGGGCACUGAUGAUCAGUGUACCCUGAUGAUCAGUGUAGCCCCAGUAGUGCCAGCUGUCAGUGUCCAUCAGUGGCACAUCAAUGCCACAUAUCAGUGCCUACCAGUGCACAUCAAUGCCACAUAUCAGUGCCCAUCUGAGCUGCCUUUCAGUGUCACCCAUCAGUGCCAGUCAGUGCCACUUAUCAAUGCCAAUCAGUGCCACCUAUUAGUGCCAGUCAGUGCCGCCUAUCAGUGCCAUGUAUCAGUGCUGCCUUUCAGUGCCCAUCAGUGA